GUCAUUCAAGAAAUGGCAUGUUGGCCUGCCAGGGGGGGAACGGCGCCGAGCCCACCGUCACCGGAUCGGUGGCAGCUGGCCCUAGGUGCUAUUUUCGCUCCAGGGAGUGUGACAGCCCGCGGGGGGCUCACUCAGUCGCCACUCGACGUCAGGCCCACCAUGAAGUCCGCAGGAAGCGAGCAGGGCGGCCCCCCCUCCGACCCGGACGAGCUGGACAGUGGCAGCGAGAGCUCGGGCCGCUCAGCCGGAGGCCACAGCCCUCCCAGCGGGGGAGGGAAAGGCGAGCGGCGUGGGAGCAGGGCCCUGCGAGGCCCCGUAGGGGUCAGCCGGCAGCGGCAAGCAGCCAAUGCACGAGAACGGGACCGGACGCACAGUGUCAACACGGCGUUCAGUGCCCUGCGCACACUCAUCCCCACCGAGCCGGCCGACCGCAAGCUCUCCAAGAUCGAGACCCUCCGCCUGGCUUCCAGCUACAUCUCCCACCUGGCCAAUGUGCUGCUGCUGGGCGAUGACUGCCUGGAUGGGCAGCCCCAGGGCGGCGCCACCAACGCCGGACCUGCUCUCAGGCCCAUCUGUACCUUCUGCUUGAGCAACCAGAGGAAAAUGGUACGAGACGGGGAUACUCACGCUGCAGUCUGACAGACGGAAAUGGAGAUCUGGAGGAUACAUACACUUAUGUUUACAUGUAAAGAGUAUAUUUUUGUAAAGGGGGAAUGGAAAACCACUGAAUUGCACUUUGAGUUUACAGAUUUGUCUGCUUUGUUUUGGUGAAAUGUAACGCGAGAGCGUGUGUGAAGUUGCUAUUUGGGGAUUAGAAACGCUAGACAGCCUGUCCUCGCUGUCCAGUCACAUGUAACCUGCCAAUAGUGGCUGCCAUGUUAACUCACUCCUUCGUCUGCCGUGGUGAGGGGGAGGUAUAACUGGCACUUUAACGUGCAGCCUGUCUGAAUUGUGGUACAAUUUUAAACUAGUGAUGGUAAUUGUUAGGGGUGUAAAAUGGGUGCUGAAAUAUUUUACAGGGGAGGGAGGCAGGAGUAAUGCACUCAACAGGAGGCGCUCUUGUCUCUUCUUUAUUAUGUAGGAAGUUAGUGUGACAUACAGACAGGGGAAAAUGUUUACCUGCAUGAGCUGCACAUGCCAUGUUCAAACCACACACGAUUGUUCCUGUGUGAAAUGUGAUUUUUGUUUGAAAAGCACUUUUACGAACAUUGCUGCUAUCCAAAAGCCAUUACGAUCCAUUGCAUUUUUACUUUUGUAUUUAUUUAGCAGAUGCUUUUAUCUAAAGUGAAGUACAUUUGAGAAAGCAGGGUCAGCUGGUCCCUGGAGGAACUGCAGGUUAAGGGCAAUGCCCAGAGGCCCAGUGAUGAAAUUACUCUGCCAGCCCUAGGAUUUGAACUGGUGAUCUUCUAGGCUCAGGCGCAGCACCCGACCCCGCUGAGCCACACGCUACCCACAUUUGUGAAGUAAUAGGACAGGAAAGAGGAUUGUUGCAUUGGUAGCAUGCUAAGAGAAAAAAAAUUGUGUGUACAAAAUCAUCCCAGUGAGGGAGAGUUUUAUAUAAGCAUUGUGAAGUUGAGGUUUUGAUAGUAGGCAUAGUAGCCUCACACUUCCAUGGUUGUAGGGGGUGGGGGGUGGUCUCAAUCACACCCCUGCUCUGUGGGUGGUGUUUGCACAAGUUUCCUCCUAUAGCUUAAUGACAUGCAGCCCUAGGCUGAUGAGCAUCCAGUCCAGGGUGUUCCAGCAAAAGUGCUUGGGGGAUGGAUGCAACCACCAUUACUUGUGUUUUUUUUUUUUUUUUUUUUUAUGUAUUUAUGGGCCUACCUCUAAAAGCAUUUGACUGUGGCAAUGUACUUGAAUUACUCAACAUAUGUCCAAAUAUUGUCCUUUGCACAGAAAUGUAUUUUUGUACGAUGAAUGACUGCAGUCAACCACUAUCUUUCCUGCACAUUAAACAUGUUUGAGUAGCUGGA